GAGCUGUCAUUGCAUUUACACCGUUUUGACCAGCAGGUGCCGCCAGCCUGUGAUGUUUCGAUUGAAUCAAGCUUCGUUUCUUCACUAGUAAUGUGAAUCGAACAUAAAUGACUCUACUCUAGAUUUUUUAGAAAUGGAUUUUGUAGCUCUCUUUGAUGGCACUUGUUUUAUUGACGCCUUGUCUUAUUUUCCUACUAGAAAAUCAAAUGUAAGUCAGUGAGUAAACUUUCACUCAGUGAAUAUAGUAAAUUGAUAGUAACCGAAAGCAUUUCUGAUAUAAAAGUAAACAAAUGCUUAAAAAAAGUUAACACAAUCCCAAAGUUAAAUAAAAACUUUUUCAUUUUUAUAUCAGAAAACGCGCGGUGUGCUUUUUUUUGUAUAAAAAUCGUAAAAAAAGGAAAAGAGAAAAAAAAAACACAUCUAUGGAUUUAAUUUAUGCAGAGAAGGAACCGGAAAUACGUAGUCUGUUGUAUUCCGCACACAUCCGCAGUUCUCUAGUGUUUGUAUUAAUGGAUGUUUAAGCAGUAUCUGCACCCAUUGCGAGACGGCCUGGUUCGCAGAUCCAGUGCCUGUCCCCCCACUGCAGGAAGGUGAGUUUGGAAGAGUCUCAAAACGGAGCCGCCAGCAACAUUCGUGCAACAAUGAGCUCGGGACAGCCGAGCGACAAUGAGGAGCCCGAGGUGCCGCGCGCUGUUCUGCUGCGCGAGGAGGAUGAGGAUGAGGAGGACAGCGAUGAAGACAAAGGCUCCACGAGAUCAUCAUCACCACAAGCGGCCCGUGAGAGUGCUGAGGUGCAGGGCAGCUCGAGGCUCGAGUUGGCCGCAGACGGCGGGACGGGCUCGGGAUGCAGGGGCUCGAGCGCUUGCGACUCUCUGUUCUCGUGGAUUUGCAGGAGGACAAUCCGCAGGGGGCCGUUCGUAGACCCCGCGCGGGAUCAUUACCGUACAAUGACACGGCUUUAUUCGUCCAUGAGCCCGGCUACGGAUUCGGUGAACCUCACUACACAAACUCACGGGGCUGUCUUCAACUUGGAGUACUCCCCGGACGGGUCAGUUUUGACGGUCGCUUGCGAGCAGACUGAAGUGCUUUUGUUUGACCCUGUUUCUUCCAGACAUAUUAAAACACUGGUGGAGGCUCAUGAGGACUGUGUGAACAACAUAAGGUUUCUCGACAACCGGCUGUUUGCGACCUGCUCUGAUGACACCACCAUUGCAUUGUGGGAUUUGCGGAAACUCAACUCGAAAGUGUGCACAUUGCAUGGCCACGCCAGCUGGGUCAAGAACAUUGAGUAUGAUACACACACCCGCCUGCUUGUGACGUCAGGGUUUGAUGGAAAUGUCAUCACCUGGGAUACUAACAGGUUCACAGAAGAUGGCUGUCCACAUAAAAAGUUUUUCCAUACACGCUAUCUAAUGCGGAUGCGUCUGACUCCAGACUGCAGUAAGAUGUUGAUCUCCACAUCCUCUGGUUACCUGCUCAUCUUACAUGACCUUGACCUCACCCAGAGCCUUGAGGUCGGGAGCUACCGCAUCCUACGGGCCCGCAGGGCUCCACUCAGCACAGAAGGUUCAUCAGCAGGUUCCAGGUCAGGUGGUUCUCGUCACACCAUUGACAGCAAAACCCAUCCACACAGAGAGGGUUUGUCACCCAGAAACAGUCUUGAGGUUUUAACCCCAGAGAUUCCGGGUGAGCGGGACCGUGGGAACUGCAUCACCUCCUUGCAACUGCAUCCUAAGGGCUGGGCCACACUGUUACGCUGCUCCAGCAACAUGGACGACCAGGAGUGGACGUGCGUGUACGAGUUUCAAGAGGGAGCUCCACCUCGACCACCAGUGUCUCCUCGCUGCUCUCUGCGUCUCACGCACUACAUCGAGGAGGCUAAUGUCGGCCGCGGCUACAUUAAAGAGCUGUGCUUCAGUCCUGACGGCCGCCUCAUUUGCUCGCCUUACGGUUACGGCGUGCGCUUGCUGGCGUUCGAUGAGCACUGCGCUGAGCUGACGGACUGCAUGCCUGUGCGGACGGCUCUGCUGCGGGAGGUCCGCUCCAUCUACUCUCACAGUGACGUGGUGCUCACCUCAAAGUUUUCGCCCACUCACUGUCAGUUUGCAUCAGGCUGCCUUAGUGGACGCGUAGCUCUGUAUCAACCACACUUUUAACACAUACAAAUUCAUUUGAAUUUACACUGAUCACUGAACUACAUCCUGCAAAUGGCAGAAGCUUUUGAUGUUGACGGCGGACAAUGGGAGAACGAAACUACCUUAAAGGGAUAGUUCACCCAAAAAUGAAAAUUCUGUCAUUAUUUACUCCCCCUCAGGUUGUUCCAGACUUGUAUAAAUUUCUUUGUUUUGCUGUACACAAAGGAAGUUAUUUGGAAGAAUGUUUAUAACCAAGCAGAUCUCGCCCCCCACUGACUACCAUAGUAGGAAAAAAUUUGGGGGCGAGAUCAAUGGGGGGCGAGAUCUGCUUGGUUACAAAUAUUCUACAAACGUUCAGACAAAGGAAGAUAUUUGGAAGAAUGUUUAUAACCAAGCAGAUCUCGCCCCCCAUUGACUACCAUAGUAUUUUUUUUUUUCCUACUAUAGUAGUCAUUCACACAAAGGAAGAUAGAUGGAAGAAUGUUUGUAAUCAAGCACAUCUCGCCCCUCAUUGACUACCAUAGUAUAUUUUUUCCUACUAUGGUAGUCAGUGGGGGGCGAGAUCUGCUUGGUUCAUUCAAACAUUCUUCCAAAUAUCUUCCUUUGUGUGAAUGUUUGUAACCAAGCAGAUCUUGCCCCCCAUUGACUACCAUAGUAGGAAAAAAAAUACUAGAGUAGUCAAUGGGGGGCAAGAUCUGCUUGGUUACAAACAUUCUACAAACAUUCACACAAAGGAAAAUAUUUGGAAGAAUGUUUAUAGCCAAGCAAAUCUUGCCCCCCAUUGACUACCAUAGUAUUUUUUUUUUCCUACUAUGGUAGUCAAUGGGAUGCGAGAUCUGCUUGGUUACAGACAUUCUUCCAAAUGUCUUCCUUUGUGUGAAUGUUUGUAACCAAGCAGAUCUCGCCCCCCAUUGACUACCAUAGUAGGAAAAAAAGUACUAUGGUAGUCAAUGGGGGGGGCAAGAUUUACUUGGUUACAAACAUUCUUCCAAAUAUCUUUCUUUGUGUACAGCAGAACAAAGAAAUUUAUACAGGUUUGGAACAACUUGAGGGAGAGUAAAUGAUGACAGAAUUUUCAUUUUUGGGUGAACUAUCCCUUUAAAUGGAGUAUUUUUGUGUGUGUAUGUGUGUGAGGUCACACUGCAUGUGAAUGACCUGCGCGUUUUUGUCAUUUUUAGAUGUAAUUGUUCUUUACACUGUGUAAACUCUGAACUUAUCAGUCUGUGCAAGAAUGAAAGCAAAGAGCAUUAGUUUUUCUCCGUGAUGGAGGAUGAAUGAGUCACGUGAGCGUUAGAGAAUUGUGUGGAAUGUUUUUUUUGUUUGCUCAUCCAUGAAGCACUGCAGUAAAUGCUUAAGCCAAUCAUUUUCAUGUAACUGUACGCAGUUCAAGGCAAUUUUUGCAUUUUGCCAAACAUUUUAAACUUUGCAAUGCCAUAUUCGUUUUCAGAAACAUUUUUUUCUGGAAGUAUGUCACUUUUACCAAUUGUAUUUACUUUUGGACUGCUUGUUCUUAACAACACUAACUGAGGUCUGAUUUGUAGAUUGUCAAUGCAGUAUGUACCAUGUACGUGUUGGGAUGAAUAUGACUUCUGUCAGUGGUUGAUUGAAUUGACUGGGAAUUUUGUAAUAUUCUGUUUUUCAUAUGCUUCUGGAUUCUACAAGGACAAUCAGCAGUUAUGAAAUGUUCUGAUGCUCGUGACGCACAGCGAGAGCUUUGAACUCUGGACAAAGACGAUGGGAGAUGGCAGUUUUGAUGCAGGUUUAGCUGAUGGAUGAGUGUUUUAUAUGGCUGGACAUGAUGAGAUUAGCCUUCAAGACUAAAUAGAGGACACAAUCUGAAUGUUCAGCUUUUCUGGGACUAAUAUCAGUGGUUCCUCCGUAGCAGUUAUUUAAAUAGAGUGGACGUUAUUAAAAAUUGAAAUUUAAAAGCAGAGUAAUAGUAAAAGUUAACAUAACUUUAUUCAUCCUUGAUUCUCAUUUGAUUCACUCUAUUCAUGUUAACAUUACUAAGGAUGCAGUGCUACAGAUAUAUUAAAUAAAGACAGCUUUUUUCAUAGCUUUUGUUUGGCUUGGGGAAGAAAAAUUCUGUAAACUAAAAAGCUGUUUGAGAUUUUUAAGAACUAAGACUUGUAUUAGCAUUCCUGGAAGCAUGGUGAAUAAGCAUUGGCGUCUGACUCACUUAAACCGAUCAUCUGGGACGGGGGCGUCACUCGUUUUAAGUCUAAAGUUGCAUUAUGGAAAAAAAUCACCUUGUGUGGGCUGAUUUUUUGUGACACACUGGUGUAGAUCAUACAUAUAGAAUAGAAAAUAUAUGGAAUUGGUUAGUUUCAUAUACAAGAGAGUUUUAAGAUUAAAUACCAUUCAAAAGUUUGGGGUCUGUAAGAUUUUUUUAAUGUGAGUCUAUUAUGGCUAUAAUAUUUAAUCAAAAAAUACAGUAAAAACAGUAAUAU